UAAUUGGCCAAUUCUUUAGAUAUUAGCCAGAAUUAUGUUUCUACCACAGCUCUUAUCUAUCUGUCUGAUCUCUUGCUGGUUCUUGUUUGCAUCGGUGGUUUCUGCUUUCGGUGAGGCAAAGCCUGGUUGUCAAGCAAAAUGCGGUAACGUCACCAUUCCUUACCCGUUUGGUAUAACUGUUGGAGGCGAGGAUGAUUACAGAGGAGCACAAGGAUGCUCCAUUCAUGGAGUUGGGUAUGGCUAUAACGUCAACUGUAAUACUUCCUACGACCCUCCUAAGGCCUUUAUUGGCACCAGUAACCUUGAGAUUUUAAGUAUAUCAGAAACUGAAAUUCGAAAAAAACAUUGCUCUUCUUCCCUCUUUCCCCUCUCUCCUCUCUAAAAACACUACUACCGAAAAACAAAACCAACCGCCGUUCCUUUCUUGCUCGGAUUUAGUCUAAUCGGACUAGAUCCGAGCAAGACAUCCGUUUUAGUUUAAUGUAGUCUUUAGUUGUUUGUUGGAAAUCCCCGGGUUGUUGUAGAGAAUCAGGUAGUCAUGAUACUUGACUUCUCUCUCUCCUGUAUCUCUCUUCUUCCCUGGAUCGAAGAAGAUCCCCUUUUCUUUUUCCCAAGUCUCAUCUCACCUCAUCUUAGUUUGAAGAAUGGUGGUACAUUUACCUACCACUUCUUUACCUCGUCCAUAUAUUCUCUGAAACCCCGUAAUCCUCUUCAUUAAUCAGAAUUGAUACAUAAAAACCACUUAAUUUUAACCUAAAUCAAAUCUCCUUCAAACAUUUCUUUGUAAUAAAAUCUUGCUCCAUCAAAAAAUCUUGCUCCAUCAAAAAAAUGCUUCUACCACCCAUCUCAUAGAUCUCCUUCACCCAUCCACUACACAUCCCUUCACCCAUUUUCAGUUCUAAAUCAACAAUAGUGUUGGAUUCUGAUGAAGAAAAGGCAUGGAUCAGUUCUUAAUAAUCAUUAAUUGUGCUGGUUCUGUUGAUAUUCAGGGUAAAGUCCUCAUUUUCAGUUCUAAAUCAACAAUGGUGUUGGUUUCUGAAGAAGAAAAGGCUUCCAUCAUCAGUUCUUAGUACUCAUUAAUGGUGGUGGUUUCGUCCAUACUCAGGGCAAGUUUUUGCAAUGGUGGUGCAAAGGGUGGCGGCAAGUUUUUGGUAACGAUUAGGGUUUCAUCUUCGCUGGACUUUUACUUUACAUGGCCAGUUGCUAUCCGGGUAUCUGGAACUGGUCUUGGGCUUCGAUGAGUUUGUGUCCCCUGGGCUUAGUUUUCUUACGGCUUGCAAUUGUAAGGAUCCUUUUGAUCUCCUUGGUCAUCUCUGCCCUUUCGAUUGAAAGGUGUAUCCAUUUGUAAUUUGCUAUUCAAAGUCUGGUUGUAACAAUUCUUAUUUCUUCAAUCAAUAUAUUCCCCUUUCACGAUCAAAAAAAAAAAAAAAGAACGUGGUAGCUGCAUUAUGUUACAAUAUGGCUGGUAAUUUGGUAUUGGAUGAUUCGAGGGUCACAUCGAAUUUGGGUUCGACACCAUUUACGUUCUCGAACACGAAAAACAGGCUAUUUACAAUAGGGUGCAACUCAGGCGGAACUAUUUUAGGAAGAGAUCAGCUUGAGAAGAACUACUCAGCCAGUGUGUGUCAUUAUGUGCUAGUCAAGAUUUUGUAAAAGAGAGCUCCUGUGAUGGCGGCGGAUGUUGCAUGAAUACUAUUCCCAAGGGGAUAAAGUGGCUAAGUACAGGGUUGGUAAGGGUUGUCAACGUUAGCUUCUUAUCUUUCAAUCCUUGCAGUUACGCUUUCCUAGCUGAUCAAGAACAAUAUACGUUCUCUGCGUCGGAUCUUUUGGCUGAGAGUAGAGUUAGAAAUAUAGCCGUUGUUCUUGAUUGGGCGGUAGGGAGUAAGACAUGCGAAGAAGCACAAAGAGAUUUAGCCACUUAUGCUUGCCAGCAGAACAGUUACUGCAGCAAUUCCGAAAACAAUCCAGGGUAUCGUUGCACUUGUCAUGAUGGUUACAAGGGGAACCCCUAUAUCAGUCCUGGAUGUCAAGACGUGAAUGAGUGUGAAGAUCAAAACAGCAACCCCUGUGAGGGGAUUUGCGUCAACACCAUGGGAAGCUACAACUGUACUUGUCCAAUUGGAAGUUCCGGAGAUGGGAGGAAAGAUGGGAAAGGCUGCAAUCGCAAUAUUAAGGGUUACUCUUGGUAUUGGUUCAGGGCUCUUGUUUAUCAUUGUUGCAAGUUCUUGGUUAUAUUUGAUCAUUAAAAAAAGAAGGUUAAUUAAAAUGAAAGAGAAAUUUUUUCAACAAAAUGGUGGGCUGCUAUUAAAACAACAAAUAUCGUCGAAUGAAGGUGGCGUAGAGACUUCAAAGAUCUUUACAGCAGAAGAGCUAAAGCUAGCAACCAACAACUAUAAUGAGAGUCUGAUCCUCGGACAAGGAGGCUAUGGAACCGUUUACAAGGGAACCUUACCGGAUAAUCAUACAGUUGCCAUUAAGAAAUCCAAGAUAGUUGAUCAGAGCCAAAUCGAGCAAUUUAUAAAUGAGGUUUUUAUGUUGACUCAGAUUAAUCAUCGAAAUGUGGUGAAGCUCUUGGGGUGUUGUUUAGAAACUGAAGUUCAUUUACUUGUAUAUGAAUAUGUUUCUAAUCGCACCCUCUCCCAGCAUAUCCACCACAACAGUGGGUUGCCUUCCAUUUCUUGGGAAAGCCGUUUGAGGAUUGCGGUCGAAACAGCAGGUGCACUUGCUUAUUUACAUUCUGCAGCUGCUAUUCCCAUAAUCCACAGAGAUGUCAAGUCUGCUAACAUACUUCUUGAUGAAAAUUACACUGCAAAAGUAGCGGACUUUGGAGCGUCAAGGUUGAUUCCGCUGGACCAAACAGAAUUAUCAACAGUCGUAUUAGGGACCAGAGGAUAUUUGGAUCCAGAGUACCACCAGACAGGACAGCUGACAGAGAAGAGUGAUGUUUAUAGCUUUGGUGUUGUUCUUGUAGAAAUAUUGACAGGAAAGAAGCCAAUUCUUUCCGAGAGAUCCGGAGAACUAAGAAAUCUUGCAACAUAUUUCAUUUUGUUCAUGCAAGAAGACCAUCUGCUCCCACUUCUCGAGGCCCGAGUAGUAAAUGAAGGGAGACCAGAACAAGUACUUGCAGUUGCUGAGCUUGCAAAGAGAUGCCUGAAGUUGAAGGGUGAAGAAAGGCCGACAAUGAAACGAGUAACAGCAGAACUAGAGAGUUUUAGAGGCGUGGAAACACGUGUAUGGGCUCGUCAACCAAACAAUGGAACAAACUUAGUAUUACCAGCUGAACCGAGGGACCUCUAUACAGUUCCACUUAUCUCUUCCAGUGCCAUUGAUUCCGGACAUUAUGCGUUGGUUGAAGAUACAAUAGCCUCGAUGAACAUCCCUAGAUGAUUAGUUCAUGGAUCUUGAUGGGUUUUUAUGACAAUCACACAUUUUGUAUAUUAUUUGUAUAAUCACUCAUAUGGAAAUAUUAAGUCUUGGCAUAAGUGAACUUCGCACUCUACGUUGCGGGGUCAAACAGAUAUAUGGCUCGAAUUAAAAAAGUAAGAUAAUUUUUUGGAAAGAUGUGA